UGUGCAGACCUAUUACUAUGACACUCCAUCGUGAGGAUAAUGGCAGCUGUUUGUUCUGGUAAGUAAUGUUUCUGAUUGGUUUCUAACAGUUUUUAUUCUUUCACUUGCAGUCCUGGUGGAGAUUUAUACUUAGUUCUUUUUGGGUCAGGCUUAUAGAGUUAUUAAAUCUUUUUUUAAAUGACAUUUUUGGCCAUUAGGAAAAAAACAGAAAUAAAGUUUCACUAAGAAUCUUUAGACGCUCCUAAAAACCUCUAGUCCCUGCUGCAAUCUGCACUCUAAGGGAUCAUCUAGGAAUAGUGAUUUUUUUUUCCUGAGGUCUGAUUGGUCAGUAAGUGGAAUUUUCCUGCCAUUGAGUCUCUAAUUAGGAAAAUAAGAUGCCCUGGAGCAAGUUAGGUCUGCUACAUUGUGAUGUACCUUAGUAAAUGAAGCAACUUCAAAAUCCUGAAAAAAAAAAAAGAGUUAAAACUGAAGUUAAUCUGUAGCUCUGAGCAGGUCUGGGAUUAUUUUGGGGGUGAUCCAGUUUGUGAAACAGCUCUUCAGCAUUUGUUUGUGUGAUACAGCUUCAUGUGACUCUACCUGCAACAUUAGAGCAGUGAAGAGGUGGACCGGUCAACAAGCUCUGAUAGCAGCUUCCUAAAAUAAAACUUAAGUAACACCCCCACCCCCACGCUGGGGUCAGACUAGAUUACAGACAGACAGCUGGAGAACAGACGGAGGAAAGGACGAAGCUGAAACUCAAGGGAAACACUGGAUUUCUGACAGUGUGACAUCAUGGCAGGACCCAGGAUCUCUCGCUCCACAUCAUCUGCUUCCAGUCUGACUUCUGACGAUUAUUCUCUCUAUAGUAAUCUGAGUGAAGAAGAGCUGCUGCAGCUUGCAAUUGAGCGCAGCCUAACUGACACACAUGGCAACACCACCGAAUCCAACACCAUCAGUGCCAACAACACCAUCAGUGCCAGUACCCCCAGCUGUGUCCAGCCUUCUCAUUGUCCUGACAAACUGAACCCAGCCAUAAACACAAACCAGCCCAGCUACAGAGCUCAAAAUUCAUUUCAAGCACAGACCACAGCACACUACAGCUCACCAAACCCACCACCUCAAAAGCCUCCUGAUCCGAAGACAUUUGAUGGGACAAUCAGUCUGUUUGUCACGGGUUCUGGGAAGAGGAUGGUGGCAUAUCGCAGACAUGAUGGCAGUCUGGUCCACAUCUGUCCCGAACCUGAAGAGGAGGAGGAACCUUUGUUCAAAGCAAUCCGUGAAGGUGAUGCAAGCAGAGUGAAAGCACUUGCAAUGUGCCCAGGAACAAACUUGAUGUUGCCGAGUAAACCGGGCUGGCUGGCAGUUCACCAGGCAGCGUGGUUCGGCAAGGAAACCUCUCUGCGCAUGCUGCUGUCAGCUCAGCCUGGGAUGAUCAACAAGAGGACAGAACAUGGCGAGACAGCACUGCUGGUUGCCGUCAGUAGAGAGCAUCUGGGAUGCGUUGAGGUGCUCCUGGGAAGAGGAGCUGAUCCUGACAUCCCAAACUAUGACAAAGAGACACCACUGUACAAAGCCUGUGAGAGGAGCAACCCAGCAAUUGUGGCAGUGUUGCUGAACCACGGAGUAGUGGUGAACACUCGCUGCAUUCAAGGGUGGACAGCACUACAGGAAGCUGUUAGCCGAAACAACCUGGACAUCUGUGAGAUGCUCCUGAAGGCCGGUGCCAAACACAGCAUCAGCAACAUGUAUGGCAUCACACCACUCUUCACCGCUGCUCAGAGUGGGCAGCUCGCCACGCUGCGUUUUCUGCUCAAACAUGGUGCUGACAUCAACAGCCAGGCAGCUGAUGGCGCGACAGCUCUGUAUGAAGCCACUAAAAAUGGACAUGAACAAGUCGUUGAGCUUCUCAUUUCCCAGAAUGCUGAUGCCAACAAACCAGGAAAGAGGGGACUGCUACCUAUUCAUGUUGCCGCCCAGAGAGGAAGUGACACCAUAGUCUCCAUGUUGAUCCCAGCCACCAGUAAGGCCAGAGUCCGGCGGACUGGCAUUAGCCCUCUGCACAUGGCAGCAGAGCGUAACCGUGAUGAUGUCCUGGAGACUCUAAUCGGGGCAGGGUUCGAUGUCAACACCCAACUAUCAGAGGAGUGGUCUAGGUUGUACGAGGACCGCCGUAGUACGGCACUCUACUUUGCUGUUAUCAACGACAACAUCGAUGCUGUGCAAAUGCUCCUGACUGCUGGCGCUAACCCAAACUUGGAUGUGUUCAAGCCUGUGAUGGUAGCAGCAAGGCAGGGCUGCAUCCAGACCAUCACACUGCUUGUAGAACACGGCGCUGAGAUCAAUGCUACCAUCCCCACCCACCCCACUACUUUCCCUGCCGUGUACAUGUUCUCAAUGAAGUACCUGCCUAUGUUCAAGUACCUGCUAGACCAUGGAGGCAAUGCCCUUUCCUGCUUCAAUUGUGUGUAUGGCAGUCGUCCUCACCCACCAAUCAAAACCAGUCGAACAGAGAGGGAUGAACUCCAUGAUAUCGACCAAGCUGUCCAAAGAAGAGCCAUUCAGUUCUGUGAGAUGAUAUCCGUCCCCAGUAUCUGUCGAUGGGCGGGGCCAAUUAUUGAUGUCUUGUUGGAUUACGUCGGCCAUGUGACUCUUUGCUCCAGACUGAUGGAACACCUGGACAGUUACUCUGAAUGGACCUGCAUAAAGGAGAAAGCGGCUCCACCGCGCCCACUGCUGCAUCUCUGCAGGCUGCAGAUUCUUCACCUGGUUGGUCGCCGUUGGUUGAAGAAGUUGCCACUCCCUGGGGGUCUGAUCCGUUUCCUGCAGCAUCAGGAGUUGAUGUAGAUUGACUGAUGUUUAUAAUCUGGAUGGUUUGACUGAGAGUUAUUGAUUAGCUCUGAUUUUUAUUUUUAUUUUUUUUAAGUUGGUACCCUGAUGGUGCUGGAGACAGCAGUGGUAAUCCACUCUUAAUGCUGCACGAACCUUUUUUUUUUUUUUAGUUUGGAUUUUGAAUAAAUAAAUGCCACAAGUCAAACCCCAGGGGGCACAAAGACUUGGCCUAAACAGCCAAGAUGACUCUGAACUGUCUCUGACCGAUUUUGAGUGAUUCAAAGUCCAGACUCAAAGGUUUUUUUUUUGGGGGGGGGGGGUUGUUGUGUGUGUGUGUGUGUGUGUGUGUGUGUGUGUUUGUGUUGUUUGAUGUGUUGAUAUUCUGCAAAUCAAUUUCCCAUUGGGGACAAUAAAGUUACCACUGAGCACUGAGACUGAUCAUCUGGGGAGACUCCUGAAGGUCUUCACUAAUGACUCCCACCUAAAUGGAGACUGAGAGGGUCUUUCUGAUCAAACAAUGCAAGGCCUGCAUAUUUACCCAGGAAUCAUUUGAGGAUCUGAAGGUUUCUUGUUCUGAAUAAUCUGAAAGAAUAGAAAUAAUUAUUUUUUUAAUGACAAAAGAAACAAGGAGAAAGACUGUGAUCCUCAUUUUCAACUCAUGACAUUGUGGAAGGACAAAAAAAAAAAUCAACUUGACGGGGAAAUGAUUAAAAAAAAAUACAAAAACAAACAUAUUCUGAUUUGCUCAGGGUUAAUAUCCCGAAGAAGCAGACAAGAUGUCCAAAGCUUUCCUGACUUCACUUUAUCUAAACUGCUUUUUGCAAGGUUUGAAAUUAUUUGUUUAAUUUUCUUUAAAUGAUUCUAGAAGCUUUAUUUCCCAAAGUAACUGUUUUUUUUUAUCAUUAAUUGUUCAUAAAUUGAUAAAACAAAUCUGACUUCACCAAGCAUUUUAAAAGGAAGAUACAUCCAUCCAUUAUUGAGUUGUAGGUUCUUAAUCAUACUUUUGUCCCUGAAUAUUUAAAUUAUUCCACGUUAAACUGGAAUCUGGUUUCUUCAUUCAUUUUCACCUUGUUUGAGUGAAUAUUCUGAAAUAUCUUGAUAAGCUCAUAAUUUAGCAGUGCUCUAGUGUAAUGUUCAGAUGAACAGAAUUGCAUCAUUAGUGUACAGUGAGAGCAUUUUCAGUCUGUUACUAGACAGAUUUGUGAACUGUUACAAAGAUUUGCUGUUAGUCUGAGAAGCAGUGGUGAUGGUGAACAGAUGUUUUGUCAGCUGUUUUUGAUAAAUUGUUACUGAGCUGACAGCACAGCAACCUCUCA